GGCAAGUCGUUGCACAGAACCGUUCUUAUUGCUCUCUCUAUCCGCUUCUCUCUCGGGACGUAGGAAAGCGCGUGUCUCGCUUAAUCGCGCCUAAUUAAGACGAUUCGCUGUCUACUGUGUCCGUCGCGCUGUCAUUGACCGUCUGCGGUUUGCCGGCCUCGUAAAUCAUCCUGCUUCCCCUCGCGGCAGAAUGCCGCGUAAUUGUGUCACGGUUGAUAUACGAACGUAUUUUCGUCCGCUUUGAUUAACGCGGAAAAUUUCGAUUUUUCGAUCGGACGUGUUGGACACAUUUCGGUGUGAAUUUGUGAUGGAGAUGAUUUUUACGGACAAAUAGGAAAGCACGUGCUGGCGUAUUCGGCGCGAAGGAAACCACGUGGCCUUUGACAGCUUCUACAAGUAACAACCGUGCCGGACGAGGGCGAGAACAGCUUUAAAAUGCCUCGAGCUUCCGUUGUACACAUGACUUCGACGGCGACCAGACCGCAGCACAUGUCACAGGUGUUAGCCACCCUGGCGCUGUCAAUGGGAACCCUAUCCUCCGGCUUGGCGAAGGGCUACACGUCCCCAGCUCUCGACUCGAUUCUGGACAACCAACCCCCUCAGCUCUACCAGUCAUCCAACAACGACACCUGGUCGGCUUUCUCGGUGACGCAACAAGAAGCCUCGUGGGUUGCGUCGUUGUCGAUGCUGGGCGCAUGGUUUGGCGCCAUGAUCGGCGACUGGAUAAUGAGGAGAGGUCGUAGAUUGGCUCUCAGAGUCACAUCCUUGCCUCUGGCUGCUGUUUGGAUACUCACCAGCAUCGCUCCGUGCGUGGAAUUGGUCUAUGUCACUAGUUUCAUCGGGGGGCUUUGCUGUUCUGUUACCACCAUGGUUGCACACGUGUACAUAUCGGAAAUCUCGAUGCCGAGUAUAAGAGGUUGCCUGUCGGCGAUGCUGAAGGUGCUCGGUCACGUUGGCGUGUUAUUAUCGUACAUAGCAGGCACGUACAUGAAUUGGCGGCAAAGCGCGCUGCUGGUAGCAGUGGCACCGUCAAUGCUCUUUUUGGGCACUCUCUUUAUACCGGAGACGCCGUCGUACCUCGUUCUAAACGGAAAAGACGACGAGGCUGCCAGCAGUCUGCAAUGGCUGCGAGGUGACCAUGUCGACAUACGCCACGAACUACAGGUAAUUAAAACGAACAUCCUGGCCUCAAGAGCGAAGCAAUACGAGCUAACGUUCAAGAACAGCAUGUUCACACCGCGGCUGUACAAACCGAUCGCGAUCACAUGCGGUCUGAUGUUCUUCCAACGCUUCUCUGGCGCGAACGCGUUCAGUUAUUACGCGGUGAUCAUAUUCCGUCAGACUCUGGGCGGAAUGAAUCCGCACGGCGCGACCAUCGCUAUCGGGUUCGUGCAAUUAUUGGCUGCUCUGUUAUCAGGAUUCCUGAUCGACAUCGUGGGCAGGCUACCGCUCCUGAUAGCCAGCACCGUGUUCAUGUCUCUGGCGCUAGCAGGUUUCGGCAGUUAUGCCUAUUACAUGUCGCAAACGCAAAAUCUCGGAUAUCCAGACUCGCCGGUGGGUGGCCAGCACGAUUGGAUACCGCUCCUCUGCGUGCUAGUCUUCACGACCGCUCUCGCUCUGGGCAUAUCGCCAAUUUCGUGGUUAUUGAUUGGCGAGCUCUUUCCUCUGGAGUAUCGCGGCCUCGGCUCGAGCAUCAGCACCAGCUUCAGCUACUUCUGCGCGUUCGUCGGUAUUAAACUCUUCAUGGAUUUUCAGCAGACACUGGGUCUACACGGAGCGUUCUGGUUCUACGCCGCGGUGGCGGUGUGCGGCCUUUGCUUCGUGGUGUGCUGCGUGCCAGAGACGAAGGGUAAGCAGCUGGACGAGAUGAACCCGGAGUACGCGCAAGCUCGGUAGUAUAAGGCCUCGCUGACCGGGGGCCUGUCGAACCUCGAGAAGGCGAACAAGCCCCUGCCAGGUGGAGCGUAUCCCAACCAGCACGAUCCUCGUGAUCUGUACAACGGGAAUCCACCGAUGGACGUGCCGACCACGUCCCGACAAACGUUCCAGCGCGGCAAUACUCGGAAGCUGUCCGACUAUUGCAGCAUCUUCGCGGAGAAGACGAACAGAAUCGGGCGGAACGUCGGGAGUUUCGUGCAG